AUGGCAGACAUCACUGUAAAGAGUGGAAGAGGAGGAAAAAGAGGAGCCAUAAAGGUUGAGAUCCAACACUCCUCCUCUUCCUCUUCCUCCUCCUCCCUGCCAUCUGUCUGGCAAGGCUUUGGGAGGAAGGUGAGACUGUUACUGCCGUAUGUCUGGCCCAAAGGCACUGUGGCGCUACAGGGACUCGUGCUGCUGUGCAUUGGCCUGCUGGCUGCAGAGCGGCUGGUUAAUGUGCUGGUGCCUGUUUACUCCAAGAACAUCGUGAAUGAGCUCUCUGCAGGAGGGGGCUGGACCUCACUGACCGCCACCGUCUGCAUCUACACACUGCUCAAGUUCCUACAGGGCGGAGGGGCAGGUACCUCUGGGUUCAUCAGCAACCUCCGGCAGUUCAUGUGGAUCAAAGUUCAGCAGUUUACCAGCCGAGGCAUUCAGGUGUGUUUGUUUUCCCACCUGCAUGCUUUGUCUCUGCGCUGGCACCUGGAGAGACGCACCGGAGACGUGCUGAGGAGCGUCGACAGAGGGACCUCCUCCAUCAACAACCUGCUGAGCUACAUCCUGUUCAGUAUCCUUCCCACCAUCUGUGACAUCAUCAUUGCCAUCAUCUACUUCGUCUCCUACUUCAGUGUCUGGUUUGGAUUCAUCGUUUUCGCCUGCAUGGUCGUCUACCUCACCUGUACCAUCCUGAUCACAGAGUGGAGGACCAAAUACAGGAGAGAGAUGAACAAUCAAGACAACAAGGCCAAGUCCAGAGCCGUAGACUCACUGCUCAACUUUGAGACGGUAAAAUAUUACAAUGCUGAGGAUUAUGAAGUCCGCUGCUUUGAGGAAGCCAUUCUGAAAUAUCAGCACUGUGAGUGGAAGAGCUCAGCGUCCCUGGCUCUGCUGAAUCAAACCCAGAACAUCAUCAUAGGAUCAGGACUGCUGGCUGGCUCUCUGCUCUGUGCCUACCUGGUCUCUGAGGGACAAUUCCAGGUCGGAGACUAUGUUCUGUUUGGAACCUACAUCAUCCAGCUGUACACUCCUCUCAACUGGUUUGGUACCUACUACAGGCUGAUUCAGAGUGCAUUUGUUGACAUGGAGAACAUGCUGGCACUGUUGAUAGAGCAGAAAGAGGACAGAGGUUUGUCCCUCUCUCUGUCCAAGGUACGGCAGUCUUCCCUGAGGUCGUACAUCGGUGUGGUUCCCCAGGAUACGGUCCUUUUCAACGACACCGUCGGCAACAACAUCCGCUACAGUCGAGUGACAGCUAGCAACCAGGAAGUUGAGAGAGCUGCAAUGGCUGCUGACAUACACACCAGGAUACUGGAGCUACCUCAGGGGUAUGACACAGAGGUUGGGGAGCGAGGUCUGAAGCUCAGCGGUGGGGAGAAGCAGAGAGUGGCAAUUGCUCGAACCAUCCUGAAGGAACCUCGGAUCAUUCUGCUGGAUGAGGCCACUUCUUCACUGGACACCCAGACUGAGAGAAACAUCCAGGCUUCACUGGCCAAGGUCUGCACCAACAGGACAACUAUAGUGGUCGCACACAGGUUAUCCACCAUCAUCGGAGCAGACCAGAUCCUGGUGGUCCACAAUGGACAAAUAGCAGAGAGAGGAAGACACGAGGAGCUGCUGGUCCAGGGAGGUCUGUAUGCAGCCAUGUGGAUGAAACAGCAGAAAAGUCUCGACUCACAAACAGAAACUCAGAUGAACAAUCAGACUCAACACACUUGCCACUGA